AUGAAUUUACCCACCUUGCCAAUUUUUAAUGGAGAAGGAGACCCGAGGGACCAUACGUCCAGAUUUACCGCAACCAUGGGUCUCUUAAGCGUCUCAGACGCAAUCUUGUGUCGAGUAUUCCCGACCACCCUCACAAGAACUGCUCAGAGAUGGUAUAAUAAACUCAAGUCAGGUUCGAUUAAGAGCUUCGCCUCUCUGUCGAUAGAAUUCCUGAGUAGAUACCUUACCAAUAUACCAACUAAAACUACCACUAGCAUCCUGAGGUCGUGCAUUCAAGAAGAAGGAGAAACGCUAAUGAGUUACAUCGAACGAUUCAACAAACAGGCUAUGAAGAUAGACAAUUUGAAUGUCGAUAUGGAAACACAAGCGCUAAAAGAAGGAACGCGAUUUGGGAAAUUGGUGGAUAAACUGCUGGUCAACAAGCCAACCACUUUCUCGAACCUGAUGGGCAUAGCCAAAAAAUACUUCGAGCUGGAUGAAAGUCGUAGAGCUAUUCGAGGAAAAGAGGCGAAAGGAAAGGAAUCUAAAGAGAAAUCAAAGGAGAAGUCAAAAUCAAGAUCGGAGGAUAAGCGGUCAAGGCCUGAAGAAAGCAAGCGCUUCGCCCCCAGGGAUGAUACGAGCCAAGGUAUGAUCCCCGAGAUGACGAAUGCAAUUCACACCGCUGAAUACCAGCAGAUCCAAUGUCCUCAUGUAGAAUAA